GUCAUAACGACGCUAAUCAAUGAACGGUACUUUAAGAAAAAGUGUUUUUAAUAUACUAAAAAUCGGAAUUUUAAUAGUAGGAGUAAAUGUAGUAGACUGUUUUCUUGCAAAUAAGAACGAAACGUUUAAUAGAAUAAUUAGAGCAAAUGACGGAAAACCAGUUCUCGCCAAUUGCCAUCCGAAUAAACGCGCCGCUGAAAAAAACUACUAUCUGAUCAAAAAUGCUCUCCUACUUGAACCAAGCUGGAGCAACAUUGACCCACAUUCAACCGCAUUGCCCUUGUAUGAAAAAUAUGAGUGGAAAUUUGCCGCAACGAGAGACACUAUCGACCCAAAAACAGGCAAGUCCACAAGCAGUGAAAGCUUCGACUUAUCCAAACACCAAAUGCAAAACAGCGUAAAUUUGAAAUUUGAGCCUUUUACAUCCCCUCCUGGUCUCUACAAAAUUACAGCAACCCUAACACCAAAACAAGAAAAUGUGCCCAAAUUUUCCCCUUUUGAGUGCUUUUUCCAAAUCAAAGCUGUGCUUCCUAUCGUUGUGAUUCGCGGGGGCCCUGAACGUAUUGUUCCCAAUGAUACGGAAAUUGUGGUAAGUGGGGCCGACUCGAUGGACCCCAAUACCCCAAAUGGUGCGAAUACGAUGAAAUUUGAGUGGAGUUGCACUCAGAAAACAGGGAAAGGUGUCUGUGAUUCCGACACGGUUUCCAAAGAACAGGAGUUUCGUAUUUCGGAGAAAGAAGCUAUUAAUGGGCAAGUGUUUAAUGUGAAACUUACCGUCACAACGGAGUUUAAAACGUCAGCGAAUGCAUGGCAAAAAAUUGAGGUUGUGACGAGUGCAGCGCUGCUGAGGAUUAGCUGCGAGAAGAACUGUCCUCCCAAAACAGACACUCCCAACGUUCAAGACGUGACAUUUUUUCGCGCCAAAUGCGAAACAAAUUGCGAAGAUAUAAAAGACGACGAUUACGCCUGGGAAAUCACACCGCACAAACCAAAAAGAUGGCUCCCAUUCGAUUACGAUACACAGACGCAUUUCGGUCGAAUCGGCCCCAAAUUCCUCAUCAGGAAAAAUGUACUCAAAGAAGGAUACGAAUAUAUGAUAAAGCUACAUCUUCGACCGAAAGCCAAACGUCAGGGUACCACCAUGAUUCUUGUCAAAUUUGCCUCGUCUCCGAUAGUAGACCGAUGCGAUACGACACCAAAUAUCGGUCUUAGUCUCACGACGAAAUUUCGGUUUAGCUGUGUGGAAAAAUCGCCCGAUUCGAGCUUUUUCUACGAGUUGUUUUAUAGCGAUGAGAAAGUAGGAUCGUCAGGAAAUAUAGUUAUAAGCGGUUAUUAUCCUGACGUUUUUCAUUUGCAAUUUCUGUUGCCACCCUCAAAAGGCCACGAAUUUUACGUAAAAGUGUCGAAAAGAGGGGGACCUGCGACCUAUAAACAAAUCUAUCCGAAUGUUGUUUCCGUUACUGAUAGAAAAACCGGUCCUGAAGCCGUCGAAAUCUACAAAAAAUUUUACGAAGGCAGUGAAAAAACCAUUUCAAAAAUGGUCGGUAGCAAUAAUCCCAAGGAAAAAUCAGAAGGAGUGGAGAGAUUUCAAGCUCUAGUCGAACAAAUACUUUUCGGGAAAAUCGAUUCAAAUGAUGCGAAAAAUUUCAUCAAAAAUCUCACUUUGGAAGUCAUCAGCGAUGAAUUAAAAUCAAAAGCCGGAGGUGUUGAUGAUUUACUGACAAUAAGCGAUUCCAUCACCAAAUUAAUAAACGAACAUGAGUUGACGCGUUUAAAUCCAGUAUUGGCCAAAAUGGCAACAGCAAUUUGCAAAAGAUUGAUAGAUAAACACACAGAAGCUGUGAAGGAAAAAAAUCCAGCCUUGACUUCGGAAGACAAAACGGAACUUAUUCAGAACACUUUGAGUAAAUGCUUGGAAGCUAACAUACAUGAAAAUUUCGAGGCUUUGGAACCAAUCACCGGUGGUAAUAUAACGAUUAAAGAACUCCCAGCAGUGCCUCUGGAAGCUUAUGUUGUUGAAAAUUAUCCCGAUUAUAUCGAUUAUGAUAAACAUUACACGGAAAAAAUGGAAAAUUUUAACACAAUAACAAACAACGUCAUCGAAGCCACCGCAAAAGCCGCCAAGACCAUAGCCAUGACCAUGGCGGUCGGCCAACACGUCUCCCGAAGAUUCGGCGAAAGCUCCGCCACUGUGGUGGCCAAAGACGCCGGAAAAUACAUCCUUAGCACUCGCAUCAAUCUACUAAACGUGACUUUAAUCCCAUCUAAAGACUUCCACGACAUCACCCACAACUUCGAUCUCCUGAUGUCCGUCUGGACCAAAGAUCUGAUGUGGUGGAACCACGACAAGACACGUCCAGUUACCAGCAUUGUAAGUGUCCAAUUCUGGCAUGAUUCUUGCAAGAAACGAAUCCGACAUUUUUUGAAUUACGUCGAGCUUCAACUCAAAGUUACGAAGAAGUUUGAGACUAAAAUGAAACCUGGGAAUGUUACAAUUCCGGAAAAAUAUCUACAGAUGAAAAAAGAACACUUGAAUCGGCAUAUAAGAGUCAGGAGGAUUGGCUUUCCCAAACAUUCGACUCUAUAUCUCGAUUUUUUCAACGUGACUGAGAAAAAUGCCAUUGAUGUGGUGGUUACAGAGUUUGAGUUUCCGACAAUCGAUCAUUUUUCUAAAAAUCUGACAAUAGACCGUGAAAAUAUGACAACGACUAGAAUUAUCAACAAAAACAGUUACGACAUGUGGAUUUACAUUGGAGUUUUGCCUAAUAGAAACGUCGUGAAAGAAGGUGGUCCAAAAAUUUUGUAUUAUAAUCUCACUAUUGUAUCAUCAUUUUGUAUCCGUUGGGUGAAAGAAGAUCGUGCUUGGAGACUCGAUUGCAAGACGGGAGAAAAAUCCUCUCGUGAUGAUGUUAUCAUCUGUCAGUGUACACAUUUCUCUGUUAUUAGUGGUUAUUUUCAAAAUUUGAACGCGCUUGUCCAAGAAGUGUUGCCGAUUCAAGUGGUAUUGGUGCUUCAAUCGUGCUAUGUUAUUUUUAUUACUGUUGCUGUGACCUAUGCUAUAUUUUGUCUUUUCUUCUUUUUGACGUUGUUUAAGACGUACAAAGAAGUGUAUUAUCUGGCAGAUAAUCUUAUGGAUGAUCGAUAUGCUUAUCUCAUAAUUGUGAGGACAGAAAAUGUCCAUCAUGCUGGUACUACGUCCAAAAUCACGAUAAGACUCAAAGGUGAUAAGAGAAUAAGUGAGCCACAUGUCCUCAAUUAUCCCGACCCCAAGCUUCGUCUCCUCCAAAACCAAAGCGAAGACAUGUUUGUAUUGACAACAAAUCGUCAUCUUGGAGUUAUCAAAGAAAUCGAGUUGUGGUUCGACUGCACCGGUUUUAACCCUUCUUGGUCUUGUCGAGACAUUGUGGUCUACGACAUGCAAAAACGUGUUCAAGUCUACUUCAAAGUGAGAACGCGUUUCGCAGUAGAUAAAAACGCCGUUACAUAUCUUUGCAUCACUCCUAGGGAAGAAAAAGGCAAAGUCACCAAUCGUAUACGAAUCUGUAAUCAUUUCCAUACGUGGAUGUUAUGGGCUGGAGAGUCAAAUUUUAGUUAUGAAACCAGACUAACUGUGGUUUUUUCCAAUAUUUUGAUGAUUUAUACGUUUGUGUUGGUGUUUCUUGGUACUCCGACGCUGACGUUGAAAGACUGUUUGGACAAAUUCGAAAAGUUUAUUUUCGAUUUUGAUAUGUUGCUUCUGGCAAUGCAGUGCGCGAUUUUGUCGUUUAUGGUUCAUGUACCUAUUGCUUGGACGUUUAGAUUUUCGCAAAUCGAAUUUAAAAUUUUCGACACGGUGUAUUACAAGUCGCACAAAUACUCAGUCUAUUGCAAAGCUUUGCUAUGUAUUUUAAUUACGAUAACAACUUCAUUUUUGAUUAUUUAUGGAUUUUGGGUCCCCUAUAAUUUUAGUUUGAUUUGGUUGGCGACUAGUUUAGUAGCUUGCAUUUUCUGCGUAGUCGUGAUCGAAAAUAUUUUUAUUAUAAUCCAGACGUCCAUUUGUAAAUUUAAACUGAGAGUUUCAUUCGAUAAAAGAUUUAAUGCAAUUCUUCAAAAUAUUGAAAAACAGAGAUUGUAUUUGUAUAAAAAAUUCGACGAGUCGCUUUUUCGACCCAUGAUGCAGCAUUUGUACACACCAUUAAAAGCCGCACAAUUAAUUAGACGACGUAUAGUCGUCGAACUUCGUAGAAGCAUUUACGACGACUUGCAAGACCUUUUUAUGUACUCCCUGUAUAACAUUAUUUUGUACAUGUUUGUUCUAGUCUAUCAAGGCACUCUAACAACAGUUAGUAAAAGCGAAGUCGAAAGUAUGGUCCAGGGUGAACACACUCGAAGUUUGCAAUUUUCAGAAAUCAGCACAAUUUCCGAAGUUUAUCAAUACAUAAAUACCACUUUGAUUCAAAUACUCCAUCCUACGAAUUGGUACACAAACUUCACAAUCCCACCAUCUGGAAUGAUGAUAGAUAAUGCAAAUAAAGUGAUUGGAGUUCCAAGAAUUCGUCAGCAUCGUAUUAUGGCGAAUGCUUGUGAAGUCCCCGCCCAAAUGGACUUCCUCAAAAUGCAUUGUCAUCCGGAAUUUUCGUUUCAAGAUGCGGAAACGGGAGAUUUCCUGCCUAAAUGGGCAACGGCCUCCAGGGGGGCGGAGUAUGACAGGUUGAAAUCCAUUUGGAAGUAUGCGACGGAGACUGAAACGGAAACGUGGGGAACUAUAGGCUGGAUAGGGACGUACAGUGGCGGCGGGUACCUGGCAUUCCUCGGCCGCACGCUUUUCAACUCUUAUGCCAAUUUACAAAAAAUGUUCGACAUGAAAUGGCUCGACUACCAGACCCGGAGCGUCUUUAUCGAAUUUUUGACAUACAACGCAAACUACAACGUUUUCGUCGCUGUUAAUUUGCUGUUUGAGCAAAGCGCUACAGGAUACACUUCGACAAUCCUCCAAAUCAACGUCGUCCGAAUGUUAUUCGUCCAGAACGAAGUCGAAAUCAAAACAAUGGUCUACUUCAUUCUAUUCCUAUUCUGGGUCAGCAUGCUCAAUAUCAAACUGCUCCUGGGAAUAACAAAAAAUAUCACAACUUUCUACAAAAAAUUCUGGUUAAUGGUGGACUUGGUGAUAAAUUUCAUGAGUCUGUUGAGCAUCUCGAUGUUUAUCCUUCGGAUCAAGAUGGUUGAGCGUUAUCUCAAGUCUUUGGAAGCGGUGAAACACAACGACUUUAUCAGCUAUUUCAAUAUGAUGUAUUUGGAGGAGUUUCUAACUUAUUUUGUCGGUGUUUUGGUGUGUUUCGCUACCGCAAGGCUCUGGAAGUUCCUCCGAUUCGGUCAGUUUUUCCGAAUAAUGGAACGCACCCUAGCAAUGGCCGCUGUGCCUCUUGGAGCGGUGACGUUCUCCUUCGGAGUGAUAAUCACAGCUUUUGCUUUCGUCGGAAUUAUUAUUUUCAACAACGAAUUCGUCGAAUUGGCAUUUUUCGUUAAAAUUGUAGCCACUCUCAUCCAACUCUCGUUGAAACCUGACCAAUUCGACCUGACCCAAUUCAUAACUUUCCAAUUGGCUUAUGCCUAUUUCUCUCUGUAUCUGAUAAUAAUGCAAGUAAUCCUUUUGGUGUAUAUCACUGUUAUCAUAAUGGCAUACGUGAAGGCCCGUUUGGAGUUAUCCUGUGGUCCUGACAGGUACACCGUCAAAGACUACGUCCAGGAACAAUCCGAGUAUAUCCCGAUUUUCCUCAAAAGUCUCGUGGCUCGUCUGAGGGCCGGGGCCACCGACGGCCCCCCUGUGACCCCCAAAGCCGACGAAUUUCGCUACGCAAAUUGUGUCGGAGUGCCGAAGAGUCGGCUCAAAUCGAUGAAGUUUAUCGUUUCCUGCAUUUUUCGAAAUAUGAGGGAGAAGGAAGAGGAUCAGAGGUUUUUGACCGAAUAUGAAGCUGCAUUGAUGUUAGGAGUGUGCAAUACUUUUGUUCUCAAAACUAACGAAAACGACGAACAAGAGCUCUUCUUCAAGGGCCAUUUCGAGGGACAGAAAAUACAGUUGGUGGAUGAGAAAAGGAUUGACAAAAUUGCCGAUUUUGUGGAUAUAAUGUUUGAAGAUAGACCUGAGUUUCGGUUUAUAGCGCCGUCUGGUUCGGAGAAAAUGCUUAUCGAUUGUUGCAAGUUAGCCAAAAGACAUAAUGUGACUUUGAGGAAGUGUAAUUUGCUUCUAAAGUUGGUCGAGUUUAAGAUGGAAAAUGUUGAUAACCUUUUGACGGAAUUUGUAAAAGACAUUGAAAGUAUUUGA